GCCUCCGCCCCGCCGCCCCCGCGCGGCGGGGCGGCGCUCGAGGGCUGGCUGCGCGAGGCGGAGCGGGAGCUCUGCGACGUGCGCGACGGGUGGUCCGCGCUGCCUGAGCCCGGCGGCGGCGCCGAGGAGCUGCGCUCCCGCGAGGCGGCGGUGAGGAGCCGCCUGCGCGCCUGCGAGCUGGGCGACCCCGCCGCCACAGACGUGGUGCGCCUGCAGCCCAGCGGCGACCCGCUGGUGGCCGCCCACGGCGCGGUGACGCGGGCGCUGCUGGAGGUUGAGCUGGCGCAGGAGCGCUGGGGCUUGCGGGACAGCGCAGCGAGCCCGCCCGAGGCGGCCGGGCUCGCCAGUGCCCUGGUCAGGAUGGCGGCCCUGCGGCAUCGGCUGGCAGACUUCACGGCCGCGUACGGCCUGUUGCAGCGCGCCCUCGCGAUGGGCGUGGACCCGUCCGCGGACCCGUGGCUCCUCGGCUUCGUCUCCAACACGGCCAUGUGCCAGGCGCUGCGCGAGCCGGGCUCCAUGGCUGGCCUGGACGUCUCCCCCGAUGGCCCCGACGCCGCCGCGCUGCGCAGACUGCGCGCCGUGCUGCUGGAGGAGGGCUACUCCACGGGCGCCGUGCUGCAGGCCACCGGCGCAGAUUCCCUGUGCGACUUCAGCGACGAGGAUCGCCAUGCCGAGCUCGAGGAGGCCCUCGACGACGCGGACGAGGAGCCGCUGCCAGCGGCUGCCCUGGCAGACCUCAUCAGGUUCUUCCUCUUGCGCCGUGCGAUCCCGCUCCAGCGCCUGCGCGGGCUCAUCUCGGAGAAGGGCCGGGCCUCCGAGGCCGCGCGGCGGGUCGACGAGGCCGACUGCGGCGGGCUGGCGUGUUUCGCCAACGUCCGCAUCUGGCCGGUCGAGGAGGACCUCCUCGUCGCCACGGACGUGCAGACUUGGCCGUCGGAGGGCUUCGAGCCCGUCAUGUACAUCUCCGACGACUCCCUGGGGCUCGCCAGCGUCACGCCCCGGGGAAGCGUGUACGAGGCGUUGCCGCCGGGCAGCGGCCCGUUCGAUGGCAUCAUCGCGAACCCGCCGUUUCUGCCGAACCCGCAGGGCAUCGCCUCGCAGGCAAUCGCGAUGUUUGGCAACGGCGGCGACUUCGGCGAGGAUGUAUUCGCUGCGAUCGUCCGGGGUGCCGCGGGGGGAG